GUCGUGCCGGUAAUGCGUCAUCUGGACUAAGGCGAAAAUCUAAAGACAUUUUAAAUAAAUUUAGAGGAAUAUUUGAAUUCUUUUAAAUUUAUAGUAUUAUUUAUUCGUAAAACAGUGUUAUUCUGAGGUUAUUUAUUGUAGAUUAUUUAUACUAGAAUUCAUUUGUGUAGGAUAAGCAAAGAGAUCAGUUGUCAGAUUGAUUAUUGGAAUUUACGUAUUGAAGGAGGAACAAUUUUCCAUCGUUUACAACAAUCAGGAUUUUGAAAACCUAAUUUCAAAGGAUGACACAAGCCAGAACAGAGAUGAGUCGUUUCAACGUUUCACCCGAUGAGAAUAGCAGCUGCAGUUCCACCAGCAAUGAUUAUGGUUAUCCAGAUAUUACUACCAAAACGCCGCUCCGUAGUCAGUACGCUAACGAUAUGGAUGCAGAAAAUCAGAAAUUCCUUCCUGAACAGCUGGGAAAGAAGAAGUACGAGGUUGAAUAUAAUCCUGGCACAGCUUCAUUUGGGAUGUCAGUAUUUAACCUUGGCAACGCCAUCAUGGGCAGUGGGAUCCUUGGGCUUUCCUAUGCCAUGGCCAACACUGGCAUUGCAUUGUUUGUGAUCAUGCUGGUGUCUGUGGGCAUUUUCUCCCUCUACUCAGUCCAUCUGCUGCUGAAGACCGCUAAUGAAGGAGGCUCAAUGGUGUAUGAGCAGCUGGGGUACAAGGCGUUUGGGAUCCCUGGCAAGCUGGCUGCCUCCUGCUCCAUCACCUUGCAGAAUAUCGGAGCCACGUCCAGCUACCUCUACAUCGUGAAGUAUGAGCUGCCGAUUGUCAUCCAGUCAUUCCUGGGAACGAGUAAUGGGGAGUGGUACACAAAUGGAGAUUAUCUGGUGCUGCUAGUUUCCUUCAUCAUCAUUUUGCCAUUAUCACUUCUGAAAAAUCUUGGUUACCUUGGAUAUACCAGUGGUUUCUCCCUGCUUUGCAUGGUCUUCUUUGUCAUUGUGGUCAUUUACAAGAAGUUCCAGAUCCCUUGCCCAUUAACCAACGACCUGUUGAACAUGACGUUGAACAGCACUGUGGCUCAGCUGAACUUCACCAUCACAGCUCACAGUGAGGCUCACAGUGAGGACGUCUGCACUCCAAAGUACUUCGUCUUUAAUGCACAGACUGUGUAUGCAAUUCCAAUCUUGACAUUUGCCUUCGUGUGCCAUCCAGCCAUCCUGCCAAUGUAUGAGGAGCUGAAAGAUCGUUCCAGGAAGAGGAUGCAGAAUGUGGCUAACGUUUCUUUCUUGGGCAUGUUUGUCAUGUACCUGUUGGCUGCUCUUUUUGGCUACCUGACCUUCAACAGUCGUGUUGAGCCUGAGCUGCUGCACACCUACUCAAAGGUGUACAAGUUUGAUGUGGUUCUCCUCAUCGUGCGUCUGGCUGUGCUGACUGCUGUUACACUCACCGUGCCUGUGGUUCUGUUCCCUAUUCGUACCUCCAUCAACCAGCUGCUGGGUACCAAAGAUUUCAACUGGAUUCGCCACAUCCUGAUUACUGUGGUCCUUUUGGGUGGUGUGAACAUUCUGGUCAUUUUUGUGCCCACUAUCAGGGACAUAUUUGGGUUCAUUGGUGCCUCUGCUGCUGCAAUGCUUAUCUUCAUCCUCCCCUCUGCUUUCUACAUCAAACUCGUGAAGAAGGAGUCCAUGAAGUCAAUGCAAAAGAUUGGGGCUACAUUGUUCCUCAUCGGUGGUAUCAUAGUCAUGAUUACCUGCAUGACUCUGAUCAUCUUAGACUGGAUCCAUAACGCUAUCGAGAAUGCCCACGACAACGGUCACUAGGGGGCACACUCCUAGCUGUAGUGGACGAGCAAUCCAGACAUGAUCCCCAAGUGCUGUAGACCUGGGACAACGCUGCUCAGUCCCCCAAAAACCCUGAUCGCUACAAAUGCAAAGAAGAAAUGAGAUGCUCUCCUCACAGCUCAGAGCAGGAACAAAUAUACCAUUCCAAGAGAAUGUCUUGAACUUUGUACAGUAUGCUUCUAGGCCACAAUUGUGGUGUUUUUUUUUGUUUGUUUGUUUGU